GGCGGCGGUGGCGGACAGCGGCGGGGCGGGGUGGCCAAGAGCAAGAGCCGCCGCAGGAAGGGCGCCAUGGUGGUGUCGGUGGAGCCGCACCGGCACGAGGGCGUCUUCAUCUACCGCGGGGCGGAGGACGCGCUAGUCACGCUGAACAUGGUGCCGGGCCAGUCGGUGUACGGCGAGAGGCGCGUCACGGUGACCGAGGGCGGCGUGAAGCAGGAGUACCGCACGUGGAACCCAUUCCGCUCCAAGCUGGCCGCGGCCAUCCUGGGCGGGGUGGACCAGAUCCACAUCAAGCCCAAGUCCAAGGUGCUGUACCUAGGCGCCGCGUCGGGCACCACUGUCUCCCACGUCUCCGACAUCAUUGGCCCAGACGGCCUGGUCUACGCGGUCGAGUUCUCCCACCGCGCCGGCCGCGAUCUGGUCAACGUGGCCAAGAAGCGCACCAACAUCAUCCCGGUCCUGGAGGACGCGCGGCACCCGCUCAAGUACCGCAUGCUCAUCGGGAUGGUGGACGUGAUCUUCGCCGACGUGGCUCAGCCCGACCAGUCCCGCAUCGUGGCCCUGAACGCCCACACCUUCCUGCGCAACGGGGGCCACUUUCUCAUCUCCAUCAAGGCCAACUGCAUCGACUCCACCGCAUCUGCCGAGGCUGUGUUUGCUUCUGAGGUGAGGAAGUUGCAGCAGGAGAACUUGAAGCCCCAAGAGCAGCUGACCCUGGAGCCCUAUGAGAGGGACCACGCUGUGGUGGUUGGGGUCUACCGGCCUCUUCCAAAGAGCAGCACCAAGUAGCACCCAGCUCAGGCUCGCCUGCCAUCUCCCCAAGCCUGUGUUGUGUUUGCUAUUAUUUUCUAUGUGUUUUCUUUGUGCGUGUUUUGUUUUGUUGUUUUUCUAUUAAACUGCAUAAAGAA